GUAAGAUAUUAGCUCAUGCAUUACUUCCGCCAUAUGGUUUUAUUCAUUUUGAUGCGGACGAAGAAUGGGCCGCUAUGAUUGUUACAGAACUUUCCAGAUAUGAUACAAUAGAUUUGCUGCCAACAGCAAUUCAUGAAAUUGGACAUGUUUUGGGCUUAGAGCAUUCUUCGGAGAAAGGUUCGAUAAUGUCACCCAUCUAUCGUUAUCAAACUAUUGAUGAAAAUGGUGCAUAUGUGAAACCUAAACUUACUAAUUUUGAUAUUUCACACAUACAACAAUUAUACGUAUUUCAAUACAUUUCGAUGCGGUUGUUUCCAAUCAUCAUUAGUUUGAUUGCUAUCAACAGUCGUGCACAAUAUCGUGUACGAAUCAAUCAUUUGUCACGUAACGAUUCAAUGGAAUGCAUAUCAAAACAAGCAUAUCACGAUGCACAAGAUAAAUUAUUAACAAUUAUUAGUUUGGACACCAAAUGUGACAAUCUUUUAGCCAAAGCUUUUGAAAAAGUUGCAACUAAGCCGGAUAAUCUUAGAAUUCGGGUUGUAAAUAAUCCUGAAGAUUUCGAACAUAUAUUACGUGAGGUUCGAAAUCGAUGUAUCGUAACAAUCAUUCAGGAGUCAAUUAAAGGAAUUUGGUUUUUCUUCGAUUGCACAAGAAAUCCCGAAAUAAAUAAGAAGAGUAAUGGAGUGAUGUGGGUGGUAAUAAUAGCGCUAACAUCCACGGUUACUGCUAUCUGUGCUGCAAUUGGCAUUUGCGCUUUUCUCACAUUUCGUAAGAAUCGUUCGGUACAAAAGCAAAAGUCGGAUAAUUCAGUGAAAGAACAAAUUUCUAAUCGAAAUUUUAAUAAAUUGUCGGGUGAAUCAAGCGGCAUGAAAUCAUCGUUUACCGUUAGUUCAUUGAAAUAA